AUCAUAUGAAAUAUCUAUAGCUAUCUAUCUAUAUAUACAUGUGAAUUAAAAGAACACAGAAUAGAGAAAGUAGAAAACAAGAGAGACAUGAGAUAAAUAAUACAAUUUUGUGUAAAAUCGCAUCAAUUUUUUAGUAGUAACAGUGAAAUGAACUAAUAAAUUAACUAAUAUACAAUAUAAGGAAUGAACUAAUAUUGAUUAAGGAUACAAAAUGGACAAGUGAAUGAUAUCAAUAAUUGAAACGUUUAAUUAAUAUAUCAACAAUUUAACAUUUCAUAUUUAAUCUUGAAUUAGCUUAAGGACAGUUUAUAUAUUGUAAUAAUGAAGGUAAUGUUUAUUAAAAUACGGUUCUUUCAUAUUACGCGCUAAAAUCCUUGAGAUACACGAGGCGAACCCCGUAGCGCGUUGUUGUGAUCUAACAUGGCGGAGUGUAGUGUUGUGGCUGCUCAGUGUCUAUGUCAAUUUUAGAGUGAUCUUGCUUAAUAAGAAGGAAAGGAUUGCAAUGGUCGAUGAUCGCGAUAUCGAAAGAAAUCGAGUAAAGUAAUCGUGUACUUAUGAGUAUUUCUAUUACAAGAGGAUUGAGUUUAAUUUGGGUUUGGUUUCGUCGCGGGAAUCGUACACAGCGGUGAGAGAGCACGCAGAGUGCAGUCUUCCCAGCAACAAAAUUUUCUUCUGACCUUCUACAGACAACAAGCUGGUCUAUCCGAAUGACUCAACGAAUAAUCGAGAUUUAAUCGCGUUUCUUAUACACGACACGUGAUAACGAAAACGUGCACGACGUAAAGUUUUCCCGCGCGUCCUGAGAGGUUUUCUUGGCGCAAGAAUCAGGCUUAUGCAACGAAGAGCGCAUAAACAUCUAUUACGGUAAACAAUCUUAUCCCGUCAAUCAAACUUGAAGGGAUGUGAACUAAAUGACAGAUCAUCAUUGCCCGAAUUUUAUCUUAAUAAUUUUAGUAACGAAACUCUUAAUAUUUGUGUAACUUCGCUAAACGAGGUCUUUUAUAGAAUUAGUGGGAAAAACUAAGAAAGGACAUAUAGACUGAUGAAGUCUGUAGAAAUUGUCAACAAUUGUUAUUAGAAAUGAAUAAAGAUCCCUUAUGGUAUAUUUGUUAAUUAACAAUUACUUCAUUUGUUUUACCCAAGCUAUUUGGAAAAGCAAAUAAUCUUAUGUAUGUGAAUCGGGACGUUAAAAGAACCAUAUAUAUAUUUAAAGGUGUCUUUGUCUUGUAAAAUUAAUGUUGUAAUAAAAAGCCUUAAUGGGUUACAAAGGAGUAACUGACAGAUCGAUAUAUGCAGAUUUCAGUGCAUUUGUCGAUAUAUCAGAGAGUUGAGAAUCAUUCAUAAGUAUAUCUAAAAAGCCAAAGAGUUGGUGAAAUUUAAAGGGAUGCAAGGUAGCUGGUGAUAUUAUAAAAUAGUGUGUAUAAGUUAAUUUUUACAAUAUGACGGACACACGUAGAAGAGUGAAGUUAUAUGCACUUAAUGUUGAUAGACAAUGGGAUGAUCGUGGUACAGGUCACGUUUCUUCUUCAUAUAUAGAUAGACUGAAAGGAAUUUCACUUUUAGUCAGAGCAGAGAGUGAUGGUUCAGUUUUGUUGGAAAGUAGAAUACUACCUGAUACAGCAUAUCAGAAGCAACAGGAUACUUUAAUAGUUUGGUCAGAAGGAGAAAAUUUUGAUUUAGCCUUAAGUUUUCAAGAAAAGGCUGGCUGUGAUGAAAUUUGGGAGAAAAUAUGUCAGGUCCAAGGAAAAGAUCCAUCUGUUGAAAUUACCCAAGAUAUUGUCGAAGAGUCAGAAGAUGAACGGUUUGAUGAUAUGUCUGAUGCUGCUCCUCCAAUAGAAUUACCUCCGUGUGAGUUAAGUCGACUGGAAGAUAUUAAUGAACUUAUAGGAAAUUAUUUAUCUUCACAAACGAGGAAAGAUAAAUUAGCACUGGCUUUAGAAUCAGAAGGCUAUAUCAAAAAACUAUUAAAUCUGUUUCAUACUUGUGAAGAUUUAGAAAACAUUGAAGGAUUGCAUCAUUUGUAUGACAUAUUUAAAAAUAUUUUCCUACUUAAUAAGAAUACAUUAUUUGAAGUUAUGUUUAGCGAAGAUAUCAUUUUCGAUGUUGUUGGAUGUUUGGAAUACGAGCCAACAUUACCUCAGCCAAAGAGGCAUAGAGAAUAUCUUCGACAGUUAGCCAGAUUUAAGCAAGCAAUUCCUAUUACAAAUGCUGAAUUAUUAGCUAAAAUUCACCAGACGUAUCGAGUUCAAUACAUUCAGGAUGUAGUCCUACCGACUCCGAGCGUAUUUGAAGAUAAUAUGUUAAACACAUUGAGUAGCUUUAUAUUUUUUAAUAAGGUCGAGAUAGUGACCUUGAUACAGGAUGAUGAGAAAUUUCUUACUGAACUAUUUCACCAAUUAACUGACGAAGCAACAUCAGAUAGUAAGAGACGAGAUCUAGUUCUUUUCUUAAAAGAAUUUUGUAACUUUUCUCAGAAUCUACAACCACAAGGAAAGGAGGCCUUUUAUAAAACUUUAACAGCACUUGGUAUUUUACCCGCUCUAGAAAUUACUUUGGCAAUGAAUGAUGCCCAAACAAAAACAGCCAGUAUAGAUAUAUUGACUUAUAUUGUGGAAUAUUCUCCAAGUGUUGUUCGAGAUUAUACAUUGCAACAAAUAAAUAAUACUGAACAGGACCAAAUGUUAAUAAAUGUAAUAGUUGCUCAACUCGUUGGCGAUAGUGACCCAGAGUUGGGUGGAGCUGUACAAUUAGCUGGUGUAUUACGCCUGCUUCUUGAUCCAGAAAACAUGUUGGCUUCCGUUAACAAAUCAGAAAAGACUGAUUUCUUAAAUUACUUCUACAAGAAUAGUAUCGGAACAUUGAUAGCACCAUUGUUAGCAAACACAAUCGGAGAACGACCAGCAAGAGAGGAUUACAGAACAGUACAGCUUUUAGGAUUGAUCUUAGAGUUACUAUCAUUUUGUGUAGAGCAUCAUACAUACCACAUUAAGAAUUGCAUACUGAACAAAGAUCUGCUUAAACGAAUACUGGUUUUGAUGAAAUCAACACACACGUUUUUAGUAUUGUGCGCUUUAAGGUUUAUGAGAAAAAUUGUAGCACUGAAGGAUGAAUUUUACAAUAGAUAUAUCAUUAAAGGGAAUUUAUUUGCGCCUGUAUUUGAUGCAUUUGUGAGAAAUAACGGUAGAUAUAAUUUGUUGGAUUCUGCUAUUCUUGAAAUGUUUGAAUUUAUUAAACUGGAGGAUAUUAAAUCGUUAUGUUCGCACGUUGUUGAAAAUUUCUCGAAAGAAUUGGAAGCAAUUGAUUAUGUACAAACAUUUAAAGCUUUGAAAUUAAGGUACGAACAGCAUCAAGACAAGUUAAAGGAUCGGGACAGAGCAGCUCUUGACAGCGUUCCAUCCAUAUUGAGAAAUAGUCGAUACAGAAGGGACCAGAGACAGUUAGAUGAAGAGGAGGAAAUGUGGUUCAAUGAAGAGGAAGACUUUGAUGAGGGUGAGGCGGUCGUACCCGCAGCAGCAGCAGAUCUUGUGCCUCCUGCUUCUGCUAAGAAACAGUCAUCAACAUCAAACUCUGCGCUUAAUCCCGCCCUUGCAGAUUCUAAAAGUCAUCAUCAGCAACAGCAGCAACAACAGUCUGUGUUGAACAAUAAUACGGCUAACAAUAACAUUACCUCGCAACAAUCACAAAUCAAUAACACUACAACAACAACAAACGAAUCUCCUAUUACUUCGGAAAUCAAUCCAAAUUCAACCAUUGGCACAGUAGAGAAAGCUGGAACUGCACUAUUUAAGAAGGGCUUGGUCGAUUAUGAAGGAGAUUCAGACGAAGAAGAGGAGGAUACGGAAGUAACACCAUCUCCAAAACGACAAAGAUUGUCAUAGUAGGCAAACCGGAAGAAAACUGAGGAAUUUGUGAUUUUUAAUUGCUGCUAUACCAUUUCUGGCCCUUCUACUUGCACAGAGAAAUCGACCGAGAGAAAAGAUUGUACUGCAAACCUUUUUAUAACAGAUAAAGGACUAUUCUCUUUAAGUGAAUGGACGUAACGAGGAUACGUGUUCACAAUGUGGUGAAAAUGACAUACCUCUUUGUGCUUGUGUGUAUAAAUGUUCGAAAGGAUCGGUAUUGAACGCAGGUGGGUGAAAGGGUCUAAGAAAUGGGAUAUAUAUAAUUAGGAUUAAAAGAAAAAUGAUGAUGAACCAAUGCGAUAUAAAGAAAGAGAGAACUUUCUUUAAAUAAGACAUGAUCAUAAAAUUGUGGCAUAAUAUUAUAUGAUCACAUAAGUGUUAAAAAUAAUAAGAUUUUAACAAGAAAUAGUCCAUUCCACGUUGUCUGGAAACACCCCAUGUACUAGAAGAAAUUAUUUCACGAAUAGGCUAAGAAACUCUAGCCAGGCCUAGUGGUUCUUAUAAAUACAGAGUUUCUAAGCGUGUGCUUAGAUUCAUGUAAUAACUGAAAUUGUGACUAUACGUCAUAUUUACAUCUAUUAAGAAGAAACCUAUUAUGUAAAAAAAAUCACAUGUAAAAGUACAUGAUGUACCGCACAAAAACAACUAAGUGUUUUGUUUUGCCAUCCAUAAAUUUUCUUAUUCGUGUGAUGGGCAAUUAAGACCUGUCCUUAAAGGGGGUCAGACAUCAUGAAACUUUAUCCAAUUUAACAGAAAUAGUAUUUAGUUUGUAUAUAUAUGUAUAUUUGUAACGAUUGUAAAACAACCUUUCGCGGGUAAAGCAGACAAAAUGCGAUUCCUUCACAAAUUCAGUUCCCAAUUAAGGUUCUUUGAACGAGCUUUUCGGUUGUCAAUGUAAGUAGUAGAAAUUGUACAAUAAACAUAUUUGACUUGUGUA